UACCGUGGUUUGAUCUACUUUUGUCGCUCUAUUCGAUAUUUUCGGCCGCCCUGUUAUACUGGGGUACGAAAUCUCGUAUAUAUGUUCGCGAUUUCACCUUGAAUAGCAGACUGCGUCAAACUUCAUGCCCUGAAACGGUAAUUCUUACGGCUGCAAUCUCUUGCUCUUCGAAUGAAAUCCCCGCAAAAAGAAGCAAGCAUGUGGACCACUAUCUUACUCCCCAUCUUCAUCCUCUCGGCCACCACAACGGCCUUCAACUUCACCGUAUACGGAACCGAUGACUGCACAUACAAACCAAACGCAAACCAAGUCAAAAUCGGGUACCCAGACGCUCAUCUCGAGUACGGGUGCUACGGAUUCACUGCACGUCCAGAGUUCAAAAAGAUGCAGCUCCAAUGGACAGGCGACAAGGACAACAAAUACAUGCUUGCAACUUUCAAGACAGAAGAUUGCUGCUGGGCCGACUUAGUGGAAACGUUUGGCUGGGAGGAUGAGUGUGUUGAAUUUAAAGGGAAUGAGAUGUAUAGCUUUAGAGUCUUUGAUCCGGAGAAUUUGGAUAAGGGAUUGCAGGUCCAGGAAGAUCUGUAUAAGUGUAAGAGGUGCAAGGGAGAUCGUUGCUUGGAUAAGGGAUUGAAUCCAAUGCCAGAACCACGUCCAGUACAAUGAUU